AUGCUUUUCUUAGAACAGACGAAGGGCUUUGCACAAGAAGAUGCAUCGACGGCGCCAUCGCUUUUUGAGCUGCUUAUGCACGAGCGUAUGGCAUCGAGUAUCAAGCCAGCGGCUGAUUAUUUGAUUCAUGUGCUGUGUGAAUCCUAUCCGAAUUUAUCACUGACACUGCCAGUCCGUCACUUUGAUGAGAGCUACACGCUUUUACGCCUUUGCAUUGAAAGAUACUUUUUGUCGAAGUAUGACAGUCUAUUUACUGAGAAAAUUCACGGAAUGAAGCGCAUUAGGCUGAAAAAAGCUAAUAGAGAUGCAGAGUCCACGACGGAGCCGUUGACACCUCAAGCAAAGAAUCAGGCACUGCUUCUGAAUGUCGUAGUGCCGUACUUGAAGACAAAGCUUGACUCGUGUUAUAGGAAGACAGCAGAGCAAUUGAGGACAACUCAAAUGUCCAAUAUGAAUCAAAGGGAGCAGCAACUUGGCAAUUUCUUACGGCGUCUUCGCAGCUUUCAGUGGUUAAACCUUCUUAAAAAAGGCUUUGUUGUGACGUAUCCGUUCGCGCACUUUGCAUACGAAGGCACUUUUUUUCUUUAUCAGUGGUUCUACUUGUUCGGCGAUACGCCAUACUUUUCGCCUCUUUUGAGACUAAUGAAGACGGUGCUUCUAAAAGUCACGUCGGACGAUGAGUCGGCGCUUUGUCAAAAUGAAGCAACAUACCGCACGAAUUUAAUGAACAAGUUGGCUGGUCCCAAUAUUUUUGCCAGGUUGCAGCGACUUGUGCAUCGCGCGACAUGGGUGAUGCUUGAUUAUUCGCAUAUGCUGUUACUGCUAGGGGUUGCCGCAUACAAGCUUGUCGAGUGGGUGUAUCUGGAUGAGGACCUGGCAGCCAAGCUACGACACAAUCGCUCGGACGCACCAAUUCCACCUCCGCCACUUCCACCAAAAGUUCCUGAAGAAUCGUUAGCUCUUGCGACUGUGGACGCAACACGUUGCCCACUAUGCAAGAAGAAGCGCGUGAAUCCCGCAAUGACUUCUUCCGGCUUUGUUUUUUGCUAUCCAUGUAUAUAUCGCUACGUAGAGCAACAUGGACAGUGUCCUAUUACGCAGAUAAAGUGUGAAGCUUCGACGAUAAUUAAAAUUUACGAUGAUGCUCGAGAUCCGUAUGCAAGCUCAACUUCUGUCCAUGAUUAUGAAAACUAA